CACCUUUCUUCCCUUCUCUCAGGAUGGAAGAUUAACCUAUUCUGGUUCUAUCCAAACACCACGAGUAGCUAUUCUUGGUCUGACCAAGUCCUGAUUCACACCCCAGCUACAGUGGCCUGAAUGAACACCAUUUUGGCCUCAUUCUGUCUCCUGCUUUUUUUGGGGGGAGGACAGAAAAUUAAGAGCAAUAAAUGCCACCUUGGAAACGGAUUAAAUCCGAGCCAGAUGUCAUCUUGGGAUUGCUACCAAGUGGAGAAAAGCCCAGCUUAGCUCCCUCCUGUGCCUCCCUCCUCAGAAGGACCCGUCAUGGAUUGUCAGCAUCAGCCAUGAGGGUCCGCGACUUGUUCUUCACGCUGCCGUUUUUAUCCCUGCUGCUCGCUUCGGGUUUCUUCGCAAAAGGACUAUUUCCUUUAUCUUGCCUUGAGGACGCGGGCUUCUGUUUUCCAUUCAGAUGCUACCGUGACUGGGAAGAGAUUGGCAGGUGUUUCCUGCCCAGACAAAAAUGCUGCAGGAGAUUGAAAUAGGAGAAAAAAAAACGCCCACUGCUGAGACCACUACAGAGUGAGAAACUGUUCCCUUGAGAUUUAUUUAAAAAUGUGAACCCAAUUAAAGCGCUUUGUUCAAAAUCC